GACAUUUGUUUUUCUAAAUGUCAUAUUUUUAUGUGAUAGAAUGAAAGUGUUGUUUACUUAAUAAAAGAAAAUUAGAAUAAUCAACAGAAAAUGGCUUUAGGAGAUUGUUGCGAAAAUCUAAAUUUACCUCCAUGCGUUUGGUUUGAAGGAGGAGAUAAAAGAAACGCCAUCGUUUCUAUGUUAGCUGGAUUAUUGUUUUUCGCUGGCUGGUGGUGUAUCAUAGACGCAGCUAGCGUACACAAAAAUAUUUUAGCCGGUUAUCAUAUGUGUGGAGUUGUAGGAACCAUAUCCUUACUUAUGGUAAACUCGGUAUCCAACGCUCAGAUGAGAGGCGAUGUAUAUGAGGGAGGGUGUUUAGGUACAAGAGGUACAAGAAUUUGGCUAUUUUUAGGUUUUGUAAUGGGUUUCGCUGCCGUAAUAGCAUCUUGUUGGAUAUUGUUUGCUGAUUUCAUGGUAGAUGGUAAACGUUGGUCUGGUGUUGCCCUUUUUCUUCAAAACGCUUUGAUAUUUAUAGCUUCGAUAAUAUAUAAAUUCGGAAGAUCUGAAGACUUGUGGGGCUGAUUAUUCGGAUAUAAAUAACGUAGGAUAGUUUAAAUGUCAAAAUGGAGGUAAAUCUAUUCAACAUUUUAUGAUUUAUACAAUUUUUUUUUGACGCAGAUUUACUAUAACAAAAAUAAAUGAUGCAACUGCAAUAUUUUCUGAAAAGUUUUUUGUGCAUUUUUUUUAAAUAUAAGUAUAUACAAUCACAAUUGAAAUUUGAUUUUUUUGAUAAGCUGAAAUGUACUGCAUUAAGUAUUAGAGUGUAAUUUGCAUUUUUAUAUAUUUAAAACGUUCUUUGCAUUAAAAUAAAUCACGGAAAGUACUUGUGUUCAAGCAAUUUGAACAAAUAUAGCAUUAAUUUAAUAUUAUUUGUAUAAGCAUAUGGAAAAGUUGAUAAAUUAGUUUUGUAUUUAUUUUGGUUUAAUCGUACGUAAUAAUAAAUGUAGUUUCUAUUCGUA